AUGAAGCACUCACUUCGGGAUUUAGAAAUAAAACGAUCAUUGGAAACCCUAUACACUGGGGGGAUUUUGGAAUGGAGUGCCGACGGGAGCACUUUAUAUUCAACGUGUUCGAAUGUGGUUAAAGCUAUUAAACUUGACGAAAAUCUUCGUAGCUACACCAUUGGUGACACAGAGGAGUCCCUUCGCAUCACAUCUAUUUGUUUGGAUAAAAAUGGCUCUCGACUUUUUGUAGCCUAUACUAACUAUACAGUGCGUGAAUUCACACUUGGUGAGUCCUCUAGUAAUGUCGCGCGAACAUGGAAGACGAUGCACACAGCUCCAAUCCUUUCCAUGAAGUUCAGUAUUGAUGGGUCACUGUUAGCAACUGGGUCAGCAGAUCACACGGUCAAGAUUUGGGAUAUUCCCCAGCAACAUUGCACUCAUACACUGAAAGGAUCUGGAGUAGUUUCUGCGCUGACUUUCGUGCAGAACAGUCGGCUCAUGGUAGGAUAUACAGAGGGACAAAUUUGUAUGUUCGAUCUUGUGAAAGGAGCUAUUCAUAAAUUACUAAGAGAGUGGAAGGCGCAUAGCAGUCAGGUUACUGGGUUUGUCGAACUACCUGGAUUUCGUCGCGUUGUCGCCGUUUCUAGAGAUCGGACAGCAUCAGUAAUUGAAAUUGAGACAAGAGAGGUCCUCAAGGUCUUCCCACUUUUCGAAGCAGUUGAGUCAGUCAUUCUGGCUCACAAUGGAAACAUUGUAACCGUUGGAGAAGAGGGAACGGUUAAGGAAUGGGUAAUUAGCUCAGGAAGCGUUGUUCGCCGCAAGAAAAUCACAGAAGUUGGACUGGACUUCUUGGUAUACAAUCCAGUUCGUGAUCAGCUGCUGAUGGCUUCUGCAGAAGAAAACAUUUUUGUCGUUUCUUUUGAUGACUUGUCGUUAAAACGACAAAUCGUUGGGUUUCACGAUGAGGUGUAUGCGUGUUCUCUGCUUGGAAAGAAUGACUCGCAUCUUGCUGUCGCUUCAAAUGCCAAAGAAGUACGGCUCUACGACGUAGAAACGUGGGAUUGCCAGAUGAUCGAUGGUCACAGUGACAGUGUCUUGCACGUCACUACAGCCCCUUUUAACCGUCGUUUGUUAGCAUCGUGUAGCAAAGAUAAUUGUAUUAUUAUAUGGAGACUCACAGCUCCUUCCGAAGAUUUUUCGUCUCGGUUGUUACCAAUCGCUAGAGCGACUGGGCACACAAAUUCAGUGAACGCCGUAUGUUUCUGCAAUUCUUCCAAGCGGCCGUUUCUGGUAUCUGUUUCUUCCGAUACAACGAUAAAACUGUGGGGUCUGACCGAACUCGACCAGGACACAAAAGCAGAUACUAAGCUCGAGGAUACUGAAAAACUCAGCUGUUCGUCUACCCUCGUAGCUCAUGGGAAGGAUGUGAAUUGUGUCGAUGUUGCGCUCACCGACAACAUUUGUAUAAGUGGGGGAAUGGACAAAAUGGUCAAGCUCUGGCACAUUGAUUCCGGUAAAAUGCGGUUGGGUAUCGCCGGGACGUUGUCGGGACAUCGAAGGGGAGUAGCUGAUGCGAGAUUUUCUCCAAAUUCCCUGAAAGCAGCUUCAUGUAGUGGCGACAUGACGAUCAAAAUUUGGUCUCUACAGGAUAAAACUUGCUUACAAACGCUCAAUGGACACAACUCCGCAGUUUUUAGAAUACUAUUUGUGAAUCAUGGCACACAGCUGGUGUCUGGAGACAGUGCAGGUAUCGUAAAGAUCUGGACAUUGGCUACUUCCGAGACAGAGGCAUCUAUCGAAGCUCAUAAUGACAAGAUAUGGGCACUAUUACCGAACCAUGAUGAAAGUGAAUAUAUAAGUGCUGGCACAGAUGGACGCAUCGUGAUAUGGAAGGACGUUUCAGAAGAAAAGAAAUUGGAACAAGAGGCGAAACUGAGGAGGCGUAUGGAAGAAGAGCAAACUCUAACCAACUUUCUCGAGCAAGGGCGUUCUCAGGAAGCAUUGAGGUUUGCGUUAGGACUGGUAAGACCAUUCUGUGCCUUGAAGGUAAUAGAUCAGCUAAUUGAUCGUGAUGAGCUUGCAUCCGCUGUUAUGAAACUGGACAAACAACAAAUACAGACUUUGCUAGAUUUCGCAGCUCAGUGGAAUACCAACAGUCGGACGUCUUUGGCAAGUCAAAAUGUGUUGAAUUGCAUACUGAAAAUUAUCCCGCCUGACGAACUUCUUGACUUUAGUAAUAUUAGAUCUGUUGUUGAGUCGUUCAUUCCUUACACGAAAAGACAUAUGGAACGGUUAAACAAAGUUCGUCAGGAUGUGUCGCUACUAACUUUCACCUGGAAUCAAAUGCGUCUCAACUGA